AUGGGCGUACCAAAUUUGUUCAAUUUACCCAAUAUAUCAAAGAACAAUCGAACAGACAUUAAUUUAGUUGAAGGCGAUAUUGCGAUACCAGCAGAUAAAAAUCGAAUCGCGUUUACUCAACAUGGACCAUGGCCUAAUGGUAUUGUACCUUAUGAACUUCAUGGUUAUUUUUCGGCUAGUCACAAGACCAUGAUCACCAAUGGAAUGAAGAAGAUCAGUGAAUUAACAAACAAUUGUAUUCGAUUCGUCGAUCGGGGUAGUAAUCGAGUCUGGUUAAAUAUUUAUCCUGGUCAAGGAUGUUGGUCGUAUAUGGGUAAAACUAAAACCAGUGGUGCACAAGAUUUUUCACUAGAAUUACCCGGAUGCAUUGACCGAGGCGUGAUAUUACACGAAAUUCUGCAUGCACUUGGUUUUGCCCAUGAGCAAACUCGCCCAGACAGAGACCAUUACGUCAGAAUUAAUCGUCAAAACAUUUUGUCUGGACAAGAGCACAAUUUCGAUCGCUAUACUGCUAGCCAAGUUAAUAUGUUUGGAACAGCUUACGAUUAUGCAUCGAUUAUGCACUAUCGAACUGAUGCAUUUUCACGCAAUGGUCAACCAACCAUUCAGGCAAUUUAUCCUGGUUACGAGGGCUGGGAUGCACAAAUGGGACGUGGCAGUGAUUUGAGCGCUCAAGAUUUGGUGAAAUUGAAAAAGUACUACAACUGCCCAUAA